AUGGACGACUUACCUUCCUUGGGUGCUGUGCCUCCAGGACUUGAAGCCUUUCACGGACAAGUUGACUCGGGUAACGUUCAAAGCUCAAAUCUGACCCUCAGCGCACACGGCAAGUUCUGGUUGCUCCUCAAGACACUCGAUUAUUGUCCGCGCCAGUGUCGAUGGGACAGCGAACAUCCCACACCGCUCAGCUGGGGCUUUUCGUUCACCGUUGGAAAGUUAUACUACAACCAUCUAAUCCUUAAUAUUUUGGCUGAAGACUUCGAUAUUGGCCUAGAGAAAGCUAGUCAAAUCCCUACACUGAUGCAGGCUGGCUAUGCCACGGGCUUGUUACUCUGCCCCGUGGGAGACAUCGUACGUCUCCGACCCUUCGUAUUGUUGCUCGUUUUUGUGACGGUGAACAUGUUUAGCACAUUCCAGGCCUUUCAUACUGCCGCUUGUGGCCCAACUCGCCGCUUUUUUCGUUGUGCGACCAUGAUUUCAAUUGUUUCCGGCGGCCUCUUCAUGAGUAUACUCCUCGCACGGAUUAUCUCUGGGGUUAUCACCCAGUACGAAAGUUGGCGAAUCGUGUAUUGGAUCUCUUUCGGCCUACAGUAUCUUAUGCUGAUCAUGCUCUUUUUAUUCCUCCCCGACUACCCUCCGGCCCACUCCAUGAUGGCUUUCUUCGUUGGCGCCGCAAUUGUCUCGUACUGGACCGUUCUCACCUUCUUGCUAUCAUCGUCCAUCUUCAACCUAUCCACAUUGGCAAUCGGACCUUUCGCCCUCGUUGGAAUGCCGCAGUUUCUCAUCAAUCCUGUCCUCUCAAGCUUCAUCACCGACCGCUACCACCCGGCGUACAGUGCAAUCAUCGCCAUUAUGAUUGGCAUAGCCGGCGUUCUGAUAGGCACCUUCGUUGGAACCUUCUCCCUUGCAGGUCCUAUCAUCCAAGCUAACCACGCGCAACUCCCCGCCGUCGAGCCCUCAGCCAGAAAUCGCGUAAACACGGUAUACACUGUUGCUACAUUCUGCGGUAUGCUAAUGGGUACUGCCGUCGGGAACCACCUAUAUGCAUAA